AACUUGACAAGUUGCGUUUUAAGUCAAGUUCCUGAACUGUACUGACACGUUAAGGGAUUGGUCAAUGCCCGGCAGGUAGAGAGCCUUAGCCAAUCAGCUGCCGUGGCCCGUCCCACCACAUUAAAAUCACGUUCCUGAUUGGCUGAAAGUUUAACUUGUACUUUGAAUGAUAAGACAUUUCCUUGUCUUUCCAUUAAGACAAAACCAGUUGUUAACGUGUUUCUACAACGCAUCUCCUAGAAAGCAGGAACAUGGCUGACGGCGAGGCUCAGGGUGGCGAGGACUUUCCAGAUGCCUUCGGAUUCUCUCACAAGAGAUCAGAGAGGAAGGCGGCACCAGCUGAGGAAACGGACUCAGCCCCUGGCAGGACUGGGCCGGACCCUUACCGCUACAGCGUGGACUACCCCAGCAUGGGAACCUGCCUGAUAAUCAACAACAAGAACUUCCACCGGAGCACCGGCAUGUCCACACGUAACGGGACGGAUGUUGAUGCUGCUUUUGUGAUGAGGACCUUCAACGUCCUGGGAUAUAAAACCAGACUGUACAAUGACCAGACUGUGGCUCAGAUGACAAGGCUGUUGAUAAGCGUAUCUGCAGAGGACCACAGUCAGAGUGCUUCCUUUGUGUGUGUGUUGUUGAGCCACGGAGACGAGGGGGUGAUAUACGGCACCGACGGCUUAGAGAAGUUUGAAACCCUUAUCAGAUGUUUUAAAGGAAAAGCCUGUAAAAGUCUGGUGGGGAAACCAAAACUCUUCUUCAUACAGGCAUGCCGUGGGGUGGAGCUAGAUGACGGAAUAGAGACUGACAGCAGAGGAGAGGAAAUAUCGGAGCGGAUUCCCGUGGAGGCGGACUGCUUGUACUGCUACUCUACCGCUCCAGGCUACUACUCCUGGAGAAACACGGUGAACGGCUCCUGGUUCAUACAGUCGCUGUGUGGCGUGCUGGAAGCCCACAGAGGGAAGCUGGAGCUCAUGCAGAUUCUGACCCGAGUCAACAGGAAGGUGGCGCUGCAUUUUGAGUCGUCUAGCAAUAUGCCUGGAUUUAACCAGAAGAAGCAGAUCCCCUCCAUCGUCUCCAUGUUGACCAAAGACUUCUACUUUCCCCACUAGAGACUGCUCACCUGUAGGCAGACUGAGCCACACCUGACUCAGAUGAUUACCUUCAUAGGUGUGUUACGUAAUUAAUGUUUAACAGUAGAAAGUUAAAAAAUGAGCUCAAACUCCACAGAUAUCUCUGGAGUAACGCGGAACAGAGCCGUGAGAUUUCAGAGGAUUUGAUCAUGUGUUUUAAUGUGUGACAGAAGAAACCUCAGCAGGUGUUCGCACAGAUUCCCGGGAAUAUCUGUUUAGUUUUUCUGGAACAGCUUCACUGUGUUUUUUGCAUGAAUAUUACAGGGUUGUUGGAGAUUUUCUUGGAGGGAUGUGGCACCUUUUGUUCAGAUAUUUAGAUUUAUUUAGAUCUUCAUCCAGGAGGAGCAGCACUCCCAUCAGGAUGAACACGAUUAGUCUUAAAAUGAAAGUAAUCACACAUCUUUGUAUGUGAAGAGUUUUACUUCACUUUUUUAACCCAAACUAUGCCAGCACCUUGUUUAUAGAACCAGGGAAUAAAUCUGCUUCUGUCAGAUUAACUGUGGACUGAGAGGAGGCAGGAUCAUCAUCUACUGAGCUGAACCAGCAAGUAAUACCUGCUGAUGGUCUUUCUGAUGCAGUCAUGCAGCAUAAAAUGUAUUAAACUUUAUUACGGACUUAAUGAUGCAAGUUAGAUCACACAGUGUCAGGCCAUAGUUAAAGCUUUGGUUUUAUCCUUUGUCACCACAUUACUGAUCUCAUGUUAUAAAUCACAAAUGGAUUAAAGCUGAUUGUCUUGCUCUUA